GAGGAGCUGAAUCUGACGGUGACGCCCUAAACUUUACUAUGUUUUAAAGUUUCACAACUGAAACACUCCUCAAUCAUCAUAAUUGACUGGACAGCAGACCUGAGUAAUUCUCUUUGUUGAACAGUGACAACAGAGAAUCCAGUGAUAUUUUUCCAACAUAGUAUGAAAAUUCAGCAGAUUUCAUUGGACUUUGUACUGACGUUUGCAUGAUUUUCUGUGUUUCUAGAGAAUAGACAAGCAUCUGUUCUUCAUUAUAUCAACUAUUUCAUUUGUGAAUUUGGCUUAAUCAAGAUGCUGCUGAUUACUGAAGCUCUUCUUCUCAUUUUUGCUGCUUUAGGACAGGAUCACAGAGGAUCUGCAGGACAGAUAUUUUCAUUGGAUAUGGCACCAAAUUCUGUUGAUGAUCAGUAUAAGGGCUGUAUAGAGAACAUGAAACAGCUGGUGGAGACAAAACUUCUAGAGAAAGAAAAAUCUCAGUCUGAAUAUGAAUUUGCAAAACUUUGGGAAGAGGGUGUCCAUGAAGCCAAAACACCAGAAGAUAACUUGUCAAAAAAUCAUUCAGUUGCUGUUUAUGUUUACACACAUUCAAGUCCACUGUAUGAAUUUUUCAAUAAUGAUGUUCGUAGUCAGAAACAAGAAUACAAAGACAAGACUUUUAAAUGGUAUUCACUUCACUUUCUGUUAACAGAUGCGAUACAGAUUCUGAAGAAAACACAAAAUAGAUGCUAUUUCACGUAUCGUGGUACUGAUGUUGAAUUUGAUAAGAAUGUUCUGAACAAAGAGGUUCGUUUUGGAUCAUUUACAUCCUCCUCUUUAAAUAAAAAUGUAGCACAAGGUUUUGGAACUAAAUCUUGUUUUCAAAUCAAAACUUGUGAAGGUGCUGAUGUGUCACAUUACUCUAUAUUUCUUUCUGAGAAAGAGGUGCUGAUUCCUCCAUAUGAGAAGUUCAAAGUCAUUGCUGUCAACACGAGAAAAGGUCAGAAGGAUCUCUGGUGUGACACUGUGUUCACUUUGAAUAGCACUGGAACAAGAAGUGACCUGAACUGUGCAGUGGCAUCCAUUGACAUCAGUACCAAUUCAUCUUCAAUUAAUUUUAUUAUUGGGUUUUCUGUUAUUAUAACUAUUAUUAUUAUUUGUUAUGUAAUGUAUAUUUUAAUUAAGAAGUGCUAUGGUUCAGACACUGUUAUACCUUACCAGGCUUUUAAUUAUUAACUGUAAUCUGCAGUGCUGUAAAGGUACCACACAGAUAGACUGCCCUAAAUUGUCAGACUGGCAUUUAAAUUUAUAAACUAAUAUUUAUAAUAUGCUAAUAAUGAGACCAUAUUAUUACUGUGAACUUAUUUCAUUUGAUUCCACUAAAAAUAUUUUAAAUAAAGAGAUUUUCACUGCAUCAGCAACUGCAGUCACCACCUGUUAAAUAAAGCAACAUGCAGCAUA